GACAGCUGUUCAAGCCAUGUGUGCAACAAAACAAUGUUUUCAUCACUAGCACCCAGUAUAUAUUGAUAUCGCUGUGUUGUGCUUGAGAUUCAGUUUCAAUAGUCCGUUUGAAGGAUAACAACAAGUGUGUGCGUAAAAAUGACUUUAAUUACGAAAGAAAAACUAGUGAAAUUACAGAAAAAUGUGAAUUCAAUUCGGAAUAUUUGCAUUUUGGCUCAUGUCGACCACGGAAAGACAACUUUGGCAGAUUCGCUCGUCGCGAGUAACGGUAUUAUUUCACAACGGAUGGCCGGCCAGUUGAGGUACAUGGACAGCAGGCCCGAUGAACAAGAACGAGGAAUUACGAUGAAGAGUAGCUGCAUAUCGUUGUUAUUCAACGAUUUUAGAGGUUCCAAAGAUGAUUUUAUCGUCAAUUUAAUUGAUUCACCCGGUCAUGUGGAUUUCUCCAGUGAAGUGUCAACGGCGGUUCGAUUAUGCGAUGGUGCUAUUGUUUUGGUUGAUGUUGUUGAGGGUGUUUGUCCACAAACUCGAAUUUGUCUAAAACAAGCGUACAUAGAAAAUCUCAAACCGAUUCUCGUGUUGAACAAAAUCGAUCGGUUAAUUUUAGAAAAGAAAUUUACGCCGCUCGAUGCAUAUGUGCACAUUUCACAGGUUCUUGAACAAGUCAACGCCACCAUGGGAAAUAUAUUCGCAUCCGAUGUGUUGCUCAAGGAAGUUAAAACCAGUAAUACCGAUCAUGUGUCCGCUUUGGAAGAUUGUGAUGAUUCCUCAAUUUAUUUCACACCUGAAAGUGGAAAUGUAAUAUUCUCCUCGGCCAUUGACGGUUGGGCGUUUCGUGUGCGUGAUUUUGCUGAAUUAUACGCGAGUAAAUUGAAUAUUCCCGUGGAUAAAUUGGAGCAAGUAUUGUGGGGUGACUAUUACUACAACACCAAAAAGCAGGAAUGGUCAAAAGGUGCCCAAGAGAAGGCAAAGAAGCCAAUGUUUGUGCAAUUUGUUUUGGAGAACAUUUGGAGCUUGUACGAAAUGAUUGCAGUGCGAAAGGAUAAAGAGAAGAUUCCGAGCAUUGCUGAAAAAUUGGGUGUCAAAGUAACAACACGAGAUCUACGCUCCACCGAUCCAAAGGUGCACAUUCAAACGAUAUUCUCACAAUGGUUACCAGUCGAACGAACACUUCUUGAAAUGGUUGUACGUAUGUGUCCGCACCCGGGUAAAAUAACCGAUGAAAAAGCCACACAAUUAAUGUGCUCGCUAAAUCAAAACUUCGAAGCGCUUCCAGCCCAGACACAAGCACUAAAAUCUGAGUUUAUGAAUUCAAAUGCCGAGAGUAAAACUGUGAUUGCCUUCAUUUCGAAAAUGAUUCCCGUCGACAAAUCCAUUUUACCUGAAAACAAACCGAAACCCCUUACCCGAGAACAAAUCGAAAGAAGACGAGAUUUGGCGAGGCAGAGACUACAGCAGCGAAAUGAAGAAUUGGAAGCAAAAUUAGCCGGAGUUUAUUUGGACGAGACCAAUUCGAAUGACAGUGAACAGGAAGAGAAACCUGGAGAAAAUAAAGAAAAGCCAGAAGAAGUGGCCAAAGUGGAGGAAAACAACAUUUUCAUUGCAUUUGCUCGUGUCUACAGUGGAACAUUGAAGAAAGGCUCAAAAAUUUAUGCAAUGACACCCAAACACGAUCCCAAUUCGAUUAUCGAUUUGGCUAAUGCAACGGAGUCGCCCUACGUUAAAGAAGUUACAGUUGAAAAUUUGUAUUUAUUAAUGGGCAAAGAGUUGGAAGAGCUUGAAGAAGCACCUGCUGGAAAUAUCGUUGGAAUCAAAGGUUUGCAAGAUCAUGUACUUAAAACGGCUACGCUAUCGAACAAUCCAUUCUGUUCGUCGUUUUGUGACCUCACCAUAAUGGCAACGCCAAUUUAUCGUGUUGCUGUUGAACCGAAGAGUAUUGCCGACUUGCCGAAGUUGAAAAAGGGGUUGAAAUUACUGAACCAAGCCGAUGCCUGUGUUCAGGUGAUUGUUCAGGAGAAUGGCGAACAUGUGUUGGUCACAUUGGGUGAAAUUCAUUUGGAGCGAUGCAUCUACGAUUUGGAACGUGAAUAUGCAAAAUGUCCCGUGAAUGUGUCACUGCCAAUCGUUCCGUUGCGCGAGACAAUUGUGCCGCAGGCGAAAAUUGACAUGGUCAAUGAGGAAAUCGUUCUGACUGCCGAAGAAAAGAAAGCCGAUAAAAGUGUUACAGUUCAAACGGCAAAUCAACGUUUGAAAAUGCUGGUAAUUCCAUUGCCCAAAGCCGUUACCGAUCUGCUUGAAACAAGUUACGAGCUCUUGAAAUCAGCCACACAUGUCACCGAUUUAUCAGAUCGUUCGAAAAUUCGACUAAAAGAAUUCAGGGAACAGAUUACAUCGGCAUUCAAAGAGAAUAACAAACAACACGAAGUCUUUCAACGGAAUGAUUUAAUCGAUCGCAUUUGGGCGUUUGGACCAAAAAAGUGUGGAACGAACCUUUUGGUCAAUUUGACCGACUUCAAACAUCAAAAUGUGUGGAGUGGUUUUGAAGGAACGAACAAGGAAAAUGCCGGAGACGAACGAGAUCCAAGAUGUGACUUAGAAAAUUCAUUGUUGAACGGCUAUCAAUUAGCUACUUUAUCUGGACCAUUGUGCGAAGAACCAAUGCACGGUGUUUGCUUUUUAAUCGAAGAAUGGGCUGUCAAAACUGACGAAUCAAGUUUGUCAAUUGGAUCAGUUGCCGGUCAACUGAUAUCCAUAAUAAAAGACACGUGUCGGGAAGCGUUCCAAAAUCAACCACAACGCCUCGUCACUCCAAUGUACAGCUGCUCAAUCGUAGUUUCAAAUGAAGUGUUGGGUAAAAUGUAUGCGGUGAUUGGACGGCGACACGGCAAAAUCCUAUCAGCUGAUUUAAUGCACGGAAGUGGCACGUUUAUGGUGCGGGCCGUUUUGCCGGUUAUCGAAUCCUAUAAUUUUGCACAGGAAAUACGCAAACAAACAUCUGGUCUCGCUUAUCCACAGCUCAUGUUCAGCCACUGGGAGACAAUUGACAUUGAUCCCUAUUGGAUUCCAUCCACGGAAGAGGAAUAUUUGCACUUUGGCGAUAAAUAUGAUGCACAGAAUCGCGCUAAACUCUACAUGGACUCGGUGCGCAAGCGAAAGGGAUUAUUCGUUGAGGAACACGUCGUUGAAAAUGCAGAGAAACAACGAACUCUUACGAAGAAUAAAUAAUUUUUGUUGAUUUUCCAUCUCAUUUAAUGUUGUUUAUUUCAAAAGAAUCUUACUAGCGACCAACGUAUAAUGAAACACUAAGUCGCAAUUGAAAUCAUACCCACAGAACGCAACUUCUUACUCAAAGAGCGAUUAAUGGAGAUGAUAAAAUUAUUCAACUCAAAGUGUAACUCAUAAAUUAAAUACAAAGUACUGACUAUGCUUUCCCACAAAAUCAAAGGUCAGCUAACAACUACUAA